AGCGAGGGUAUGAGGAUGAGCUGGUGAAAGAUGUGGACAGAGUAUGGAAGAUGGAGAUGAGGCGGUCGGAAGAGUGAGAAAACACAUUAAAGAACCACUCUUGAACCAGGCAAAGGAGUUGGGGAACAAGAUAAGGGAGAACGGGACGUGCCAGGAUGAGGGCAAGCCGCGUAGGGUUGACCUCGUGACGAAAGAGUUAGAGAGUUUGUUCAGGGAGGAUAGAGAGAUUAUCCAGGCGUGGAGAUCAGACUUUUUGGUGAGGGUAAAGGCUAAGAACCUAUCGCGCGAAGGAGCUAGGGAGAAGUCUGCAGAGGACGUGACAACGGAGGAUAAGGCCUCGGAGCCUCCUACUUUCAGGGGCUAUGGUAUCACAGAAUAUCUGGAGAAGUGGGAGCUUCAUGCUAGCCGGAGUCAGUGGUAUGAGGAAGAGAUCAUAGAAAACUUCCUAUUUAAUGUGGAUCCAAGUCUCAGCAAAGAAGUAAAGGAAGCCCGACCGAAGGAUGGAAAAUGGACUACGUAUAAGAAGAACCUCAUUGAGCUUUACAAAUUAGAAGAUAACAAGUACUCCAUCAAGGAAGUUGAGACUAUGAAUCCGGAUGAGGACGAGAGCGUACAGACAUUCGGAAAACGUUUUCAGAAGAUCUCUGACGUACUGAUGAAGAAGGGGAAAAUCUCAGAAGUCGAGCACUGUACGAUCUUCAUUGGACACCUGUCCAACGGUAGACAAAAGAAUAUACUUAGAGAUCUCCUGUGCGACAAGCUUGACUUCCCUGAAGUCCUAAAGCUCGCGAUAAAGGCAGAGGCAGACGACUACAAGGACUUGGUAUGGAGAGGAAUGAGAAGGCGUGAUUUCUUUCUCUAUAAGGAGUAUGCCACUGAUAGAUGUCCUGAUUUCAAGGACUAUCCCUGGUCGGAAAAGAAUGAAGCCGUGGCUGAGGAAGUGAAGGAGAUAAGGGACAUGGUAAAGGGAUUGACAAGACAGACCGGGACCGCAGGGCUCGCGAGACGUAUGGGCGAGUUAGGAGACUGGAUGAUUACUCGCGUAGCCCUCGCUAUGAGGCUGAUGGGGGUAGAGGUGACUCUCGAGGCCGGUGGGAGUCAGAUCAGGGUCGGCGAGACGGAUACAGGGACGACAGAUAUGAGAGAUCGGACCGAGAUGGAUAUAGGGACGACAGAUAUGAGAGGUCGGAUCGAGAUGGAUACAGGGGUGGCAAGCAUGAGAGAGGAGAUCGAGACGGAGACCGACGAGAUGACUCGCGCGGACGGUAUAACCGCGGGGGAUUCACGAGGGCGCAGCGUAACGAUUCGAGGGGGGUGGUACGACCGAGGAGAUCGACGUGAUGAAUCGCGCGGACGAUACGGCCAUGGGGACCGCCGGAAUGACUCACGGGGACGAUAUGAGCAAGGAGGAUCCGGAGGAGAUCGCCGCAAUGAUUCGCGCGGCCGAAAUGAGAGAGGGGGAUAUGGCGUGUCAUCCAAUCCGCAUACAAAGUCCCCAGACCCCAGAGCAGCGAGGGGUUCGACCUCCAGGAGCGCAGACGACAGACCACUCACUCCCAGGAACUUUUGCGUCUACUGUAGAGGGGAUGAUCAUAUCAAGAGAGGCUGCCCGGAUCUCAAACGGGCAAUAGAUGAGGGACUUGUCGUGCUUGAUAACCGCAAGUACGUUAAGUGGGCAGAUGAUCUGGGAGACGUAUCGAUGUCCCCUUCGAUGAAGGAGAAUGUUGAAGCAAGGAGAGUAAAGCCGAGUAAAGGAAAGGAGCCGGUUAGGAGCCAGAGCAUCAAGAUAACUUUCGAAGGAGAUAUGGCAACCACACCCAUAAGGGUGACAGCUACCAAGUCGGCGAGAGGGUCUACAUCGAAGAAGACUGACACGGAUUACGUGAUGGCGGAGAAGGAUGGACAGCGGAUCGAUGGAGAGGAGGUUAUUCUUUCACCGCGAAAACGGGGAGUGAAGAAAUUCUUGAUGAAGAGUUCGUUGGAUGAGAUUGACACAGUCGAGCCACUGAGACGGGCCCUUCAGCAGCCCAUGCAAUGCUCUAUUCUGGAAUAUCUGGCAGCAUCCAAGCCGGCUCGCGACGAGUUAUAGAUGAUCACGUGAAAGACUCGCAUACCUCUAACAAAGGACGCUCAGGUGG